GUGACCAACCAGCAUGGCUAGCUUUUUGGGCUGGAAGUGUAGUGUCUGUGCAUUCUUCUCGUAGAAAUGACUGUCCGAAGCGUGGUUAUGCGGUUACCGUGAAGCACAGGGGUGCCAUGGGGGCCAGAGAUUCCAAGCCCUGCUCAAUCACGAAUGAGGAUGCCUCCAAAAGAGUGACGGAAUCUGAACUGAGGCGGCUGAGGGAUGCCUUCAAGCGGGCCUCGAAUCUGAGUGGCAUCAUCACCAGGCAGGCAUUCAUCAAGGAGGUGCUUGGAGAAUUUGUGCCACUCAAGCUAGCUGAGCACAUCUUCCAGGCAUGUGGUGGCACAAGCAAGGGCAUCAAUUUCAAGGACCUCCUCUGCGGCCUGGUGCUGCUGACGCGAGGCACCCGGGAGGAGCGGAUAAGAUUCAUUUUCAACCUGUACGCAAACGAAGGAGGCACACACAUCUACAAGAACGACAUGAUCAAGCUUGUCCUUGCCUGCGACGGCGGUUACAUUCCAGAAGCGGUGGCCGACUGCUUCAUCGAGAGCGAAAAGGUGACAUUUGAGGAGUUCCACGAGUGGCUACUGCAACAUCCCGAGGCCACGUCUCUCACCCGGUGGCUGCUUAGUGAACCCUCUUCGGUGACCUUGUCCAACGAUCUCGAGACACCCACCUUCUACCAGACACUUGCCGGGGUCACACACCUGGAAGAGACGGACAUCAUAGAGCUGGAGAAGCGGUACUGGCAGCUCAAGACUCAGUCGAGGACGGGCAAGUUUGACCUGGAGACACUGGGGCCACUCAUUUCGCCACCCGUGCCUGCCGCCCUCUGCCAGGGGAUCUUCAAUGCCUUCGACGAGAACAGGGACAGCCACAUCGACUUCAAGGAGAUGGCGUGCGGCGUGUCGGCCUGCUGUAGGGGACCCCUCACUGAGAGGCAGAAGUUCUGUUUCAAGGUGUUCGACCAAGACAUGGACGGCAUGCUGUCCUACGAAGAAGUCAGAAACAUGCUCUCGCUUCUGACGGUGCUCCAGCAGGAAGAGAGGGUCACAAACGAUGAGCUCUUUCAAGUUCAGCUACCUACAGUGAGACUGGAUGUGAGCAGGCUAGUGGAAGACAUUUUUGACAAGCACGACUCCAAUAAGGACGGGACCAUUACACUAGACGAGUACCUUGUUUGGACGGUUGGGAACAGCCUCACCUUGAGUCUACUCAACCUCAUGUUUCAGGUGUGCCAUGUUGUGUUCGGGCUGAGGCCCUCAUCCAGGGAAGAAGAGGGUGAGAUAAUAAGGACAUGGCUGAGGAGGGAGGAGCGGCGGGGCCUUCAAGUGGGGCAGAUGCUCUACCUCAUCUCCAUGGACUGGUGGAAGUCCUGGAACGACUAUGUGGACCGGAGGGUGCAGACGACGGCCUCGAGCGUGCCCACGGGGGUGAGCGGAGUGAAGGUGACGAGCCGGCUGCAGCGCAAGAUCGAGUCCAGCGUGGCGCGCUCCGCCACAGACGACGGAAGCGUGGUGCUGGCCAGCGUGACGAGCCUGUCCUCGGACGGCCACACCCUGGACCUUGUGGUGCCCUUCGACGCCCAGUCGGCCGCCAACUGCCCCAGCGUGCCGGGCUCCCCCAAGUGCCCCAGGUCGUCCUCCACGAGCCUCCAGUGCCCCGAGUCUUCGCGGCCGUCGUCCUUGAACCCGUCCCCGAGCGUGUCGCGCAAACUCCUGCCAGCAUUUCCCCAGCGGCCGCCCUCCAUAGACAACACUGGCCUCAUCGUUCCCAAUACCGUCAAGGCGAUGGUGCUGACGGGGGAGGGCGGCCGCCUCCAGCGUCAGGUGCCCCUGUGCCAGGGGCGGGACUUUGAGGCUGUGCCGGAGGCGGUGUGGCGCGCCCUGUUCCAGUGGUACGGGGGCUCUCCCGCGCUGCCCCGGCAGGUGGUGCGCCCCACGCCCGGCGCCAGCCCCGAACUGGAGCUUUACCCGAUCACCUUGCGCCUGUACCGGCACCAGGCGCCGCCGGGGCCCCCCCGGCACCCCAACAGCAGCUGGACGGCCGUGGUGGGCAGCGUGGCGUCGGCCUACGUGGGCAGUGUGGCGACGGGCCAGCCGAGCCUGACCCCCAAGCGCUACCUGGCGUACCUGGCGUCGUUCAGCCGGGCGGCCACCCUGCGCCAGGUGUUCGACUUCCUCUGCACCAGGCUUCGCCUGCGGCCGGAGGACAGCCGCCUCUGGCAGCUCAACGACGAGAACAACUUGACCUUGCUCGAAGAGGAGGGCCUCACUUUAGAACAACUCGGCAUAGAAGACGGUGAACAAAUUCUCAUUGAAGUAAGGAACAAAGACCAGACGUGGCCCGAGGAGAUGUCCUGCAUAAUUAAUUCCAAGAUCGACCAAAAAAACCAAGGCCCCACGGAGAAAGGGGCCACUGGGCUGAACAACCUGGGCAACACGUGUUUCAUGAAUGCCGCGCUGCAAUGCGUCAGCAAUACGCGGCCCCUCACUCAAUACUUCAUCGGCGAGAAGCACCUUUAUGAACUGAACAGGUUGAAUCCUUUGGGCAUGAAAGGCCACAUUGCCAAGCGGUACGGAGACUUGGUGCACGAUCUCUGGAGCGGUACUUCGAAGACCGUGGCACCACUCAAACUCAGGUGGACGAUCGGCAAGUACGCCCCGCGGUUCAACGGCUUCCAGCAGCACGACUCUCAGGAGCUGUUGGCAUUCCUUUUGGAUGGCCUACACGAAGAUCUCAAUAGGGUCCAGGAAAAGCCAUACGUGGAGCUGAAGGACAGCGCGGGGCGCCCGGACGACGAGGUUGCGCGAGAGGCGUGGGAGAACCAUGCCCUACGCAACCGGUCUGUGGUGGUGGACCUGUUCCACGGCCAGCUGCAGUCGACGGUGACCUGCAAGGUGUGCAGUCACACGAGCGUGCGCUUCGACCCCUUCAACUUCCUCUCCCUGCCCCUGCCCAUGGAGAGCUGCGUACACGUGGAGGUGGUCGUCGUGCGGUUGGACGGCAGCGCCCCCAUCAGGUACGGACUGCAGCUGAAUCCGGACGAGCGGUACGCAACGGUGAAGCGGCACCUGGGGGCCCUGUGCGGCCUGGCGCCUGCACACAUGCUGCUGGCCGAGGUGUGCGGGGCCGUGGUGCGGGCCCUGCUGCCGGACGAGCGGCGGGUGCAAGCCACGGCCCUCGGGGCCGGCCUCUUCGCCUACGAGGUGCCUGGCGACGCCGCCGUCUUCGAGGAGGACCUGGCCCACAGGGAGCCCCAGACCCUCACCCAGAUCCAGAGGAUGGUGGUCACCUGUGCCAACGGCGUUCACCCUGCCAAGAUGCCCCUGGCCAACGGUAGCGUACCUUCCGGGGACGGCGCAUCCACGGCUCGAAGUCUGGGGGACCUCAGCACGGGAGGAGGAGGUGCAGGCGAGACCCCCGCACAGGUGACGGGCCUCUUCUGCUGCAGCCGCCUGGCGGCCCACGGGGGCACUCCGUGCGCCCCGUACAUCGCGAGCCUCGGACGUGGGUUCUUGAGGGUCGGUCAGGGCAGUGAAGGAGUCCCUGAACGUCCCGACACGCCCGGCUCGACGUCCUCCAGGAACGUGGUGCCCACCGUCUCGUGGAACGGCGUGGGGCUCUUUGCCGAGAUCUCGCCGGGCAUGACGUCCAGCCUGACCAGCAACUCUUCGGCGGCCGACCUGUCCGAGCUGGCGCGGCGGAACUUCGUGGUGGCUUACCAUCGGAAGAUGAUGCGCCAGGACGUGUACUUCCUGUCGUCCCAAAAGACGCGUCCCACGCUGUUUGGGAUGCCCCUGGUGCUGCCCUGCCACGAGGGCACCAGCCGCCAGGACCUGUACCGCCUGGUGUGGACGCAGGUGGCGCGACUGGUGUCCCCCCUGCCUCCUGCGGAGGCUGCCAUGCCCAACCACGCUCAAGACUGUGAUGACAGUUUGGGUUAUGAAUAUCCCUUUACGCUGAAAGCGGUGCAGAAGGACGGUUUCAUGUGCGCAUGGUGUCCUUGGUACAAGUUCUGUCGUGGCUGCCAGAUAGAGUGCGAUGAUGCGGACUUCAACUUUAGUACCGUCUACCUGUCCAUUGACUGGGACCCGACGGCACUCCACCUGAGGUACCAGGCCUCGCAGGAGAGGGUGUACGUGGACCACCCAAGCGUGGAGCGGACGCGCCAGCAGAAGGUGGAGCCGAUCAGCGUGCACGACUGCCUUGAGGCCUUCACCAAGGAGGAGCAGCUGGGGGACCGGGAGAAGUACUACUGCUCCCGUUGCAGGCAGCACCAACUGGCCACCAAGAAGCUCCAGAUCUACAGGCUGCCUCCCAUCCUGAUUAUCCACCUGAAGCGGUUCCAGCUGCUCAACGGCAAGUGGGUCAAGUCUCAGAAGAUAGUGCGCUUCCCCUUCAAGGACUUCGACCCCACCGACUACCUAUCCCCCGUGCCCCGCAAGGCUGCCCUCAGCUUCCAGCGUCGGAAGCGGCAGUCGUCGCCGGCCGGUCCCAAGGCCGGCGCCCGCCCCGCCUCCCCUCUAGUCCGGCGCAUGCCCGAACCCGGGCUGCUCCUGCGGCAGUCCGCUUCUAGUCCCGCCAGGGGCCGCCCGGAGGUGGCCCAACUCCGGCACUCGGCUCAGCAGAAGGAGAGCCCACCUACGACGAGGGGCCUGUCCAACGGCGACGUGCGGCACGACGCGUGCCACAACUCGGUCGUUCUGGACGGCACCCAGGAAGCGGGCACCGGCGGCGAGCCCCAGGACCACCACAAGCACAGGCUACAUCCGGGCUACAGCCCGCUAGACCUCAAGUACCAGAUGUAUGCCCUGGCGUGUCACACGGGUAUCCUGGGAGGCGGCCAUUACGUCUCGUACGCAUGCAAUCCCAACAACCGGUGGUACUGCUACAACGACAGCAGCUGCAAGGAAGUCCAACUGGACCAGAUAGACUCGGACUCUGCCUACAUGCUGUUCUACGAACGGGAAGGCAUAGACUACGAGGCCUACAUGCCCAACACAGAGGGCAAGGUGCCAGACGCCAGGGACAUUGACGACGAGUUCGAGAACGACUUUCGCAAGAUGUGCGUCCUCCAGUAGGUGCCGCUUUGGCCGACAACCCACAGGCGCGGGAACGGGCCUCGGAAGCCGGCUGGCAUGGGUGCGUGUCCGGCACCUGCCCCACCUUGCAUCGCUCCACAACCAGAGGCUUUUGCCGCGUGUACAACCGGCGCCCCGUCGGAAGGGCAUUCGAGCUUUGUGACCUGCCAUCCUUCUUGUUCCGUUUUUGAUGAGGGUGUCGCGUCUUUUACGUGUUUUGUAAAAACAAAAAUAGAAGCUAAAGCUUUUUCAUUUUUUUUUCCUUAUUUUAGAGCUGGUAGGAACGAAGGUGCGUGCUAAUGGACUUAAGUGAGAAUGCGUCUAGUUCAAAGCCACAUUUAGAGCAAAUCGUUGCGGUUUGGCCGACCACAGUGGCCACAAGCUGACGUCAAGAGCCACGAGAGAGAAUGGGAUGGUGUGGGCAGUCAGGCUAGUUGUGUGCUAGGUCAUUUUUCUAAUCAAGUCAGUUUUCUUGUUUUUUUUUAUACAUUUUUCUCAAGAAAGUAGUAAAGGCGAGUUUAAUAUAAAAACAUGAAAAAAGCUUUUGUGUACAUAUAUAUAUAUAUAUAUAUAUAAUUAUCUGAACUAUACAUGAAUAUGCAUAUCUGCAUGCAGAGGUAGCCAGCAUGGAAAAUGAGCCUUGGUGUUCUGUUGAGCCUCAUUUUUAAAAAGACUAAGAAAGAAACAAAGCUAGAAUGCUGUGUGAUGAAAGACUGUUGUGAAUGAAGAUGGAAGUAUUAAAAAUACUCGUUGCCAUA